AUGGCGGCCUCUCCGUCCUUGAUCAAACUCGGCGACAUAGAAAAUCACCACUUCGAGGCGCCAUCCAAGAGAAUCCACGAUGGCCCCGAUGUGACUAGCUUUCUGACCUCCCUUGCAUACAAGGAUGUCAUGACUUUCAUAUUACAACUCAAUCGUGCGGUUGUACCGCGGAAAGAAAGUGUAGACGGCUCGAUCAAGACUACGACCUGGCCGUUGAACGCAGACGGUGUUACAUAUUCAGAUCCAAUCAUUCAUCUACGCACCCUCUUGACCAAACUAGGUGAUCUUGUCGACCAGGUCCCCCCUGAUACUGGUCCAAGGAGAUUCGGAAAUGUCAGUUUCCGAAAGUGGUACAAAUUGGUUGAGGAACAAAUGGACGAUUUGCUUCGGGACUGCUUGCCUGACGCAUUAUUACCUUCUCGCAUCGAGAUUGGCCCGUAUCUCCUGGGCAGCUUUGGCAGUCCUCAGCGUCUUGACUAUGGCACGGGACAUGAGCUCAGCUUUUUGGCGUUUCUGGCCUGUCUCUGGAAGCUGGAUUUCUUCCCUCAAUCAACCCCAAGUGUCGAAGAACGAGGUAUCGUGCUCGGCGUUUUCGAACGCUACCUCGAACUCAUCCGCAAAAUCAUCAAGACGUAUAAUCUUGAACCCGCAGGCUCACAUGGUGUUUGGGGGCUCGAUGACAAUUCUUUCCUUCCAUACAUCUUUGGAUCAGCUCAACUAGCGCCCGCUGUUUCAGAUACAGACGAUACUCCGACAGAAGGAUCCCUACCCGAUGCACCGGAAGCGUCUUCAGUGACGAAACAAAACCUGGUUGACAAGGAGAAGGACAAAAACAUGUACUUCUCUGCUAUCGCAUUCAUCUAUGAAGUCAAGAAGGGACCCUUCUGGGAGCACAGUCCGAUGUUGUUUGACAUAUCAGGUAUCAAGGAUGGAUGGGGGAAGAUCAAUAAAGGCAUGCUCAAGAUGUACAACGCAGAAGUCUUGUCUAAAUUCCCCGUUGUUCAACAUUUCCCCUUUGGAUCCCUUCUCAGGUGGGAAAGGGAUCCGGAAGCGCGACCUCCCGCUGUGUCACACGCUGCAAGCCAACCUCUUCGCAAUCCUACCGACACUCACGCGCCAAGCACCAUGAGACCUGCUGGACCUCCUCCGGGUAGUGGCACAGCUGCACCUUGGGCUGGGAGUGCGACAAAAGCACCGCUCGGUUUCGUCAACGGUGUCACGCAAGCACCAUGGGCCAGUCGAGGUCCUCCACCACCCGUGGCGCGUUCUGGAUUUGCACCGAGCCAGCGGAAGCCAAUGCCACCUCUGAAUGAAGCUGGUACUGGCAGUAGAAGGACUCUAGCUCCUUCUCACGAGCAGAGAAAGCAAGAUACUACUGGUUGA